AUGCGCAGCAAGAGGGAGGGGUACCUGGCUUCGCUCCUCCACCUCGUGGCGCUUCUGCCGAGUACUUCUUUAUUCUUGGUCUGUCUGCAAUGCUUGUUGCAGCGCAUGAGAGAGGGGUGGCGUGAAACUGAAUUCACCGAUUACUUCAUCAAAGAGUACUUAUAUACUGCACGAGUACAGCCCGCUAUCUACGGUGUAGAGGAAGUUCUCACUGCCAGAUGGUUCUACGGCCUCAGCAGCCCCUUGGCGUCAGGUCACUGUCCCACAUGGCAAACAACUGAGCAGUCGCACAGACAGUUCAAACGAGCCCUCACAGACGCUGCGCAACGCACACUGCUCAUGGUGCUGGAAAGCGUGAAAGAAACCGUAGACCUUUGGUCGUCGGAGAGGACGACAGAGGAGAAUGCUUAUGCUUUGUUUUGUCCUCCGGGAAACAUGGCCUCGCGGCCGACUCGGCCGGACAAGUGGAUGGUUUCAGGCAAGCUGCUCCAUACCGUUCGUGUUCCAGGGCAACAGGUGACGAUGUUGCCGACGAUCAAACGGCUGCUGGAGGAUUGGGCACGUCACCCUGACUACAUCAUAGAGAAGAACCGUGGAGACAGGCGAUACUUUAUGAUGCGGACUGGCAAACCGGAAGCGCUUCCUCAUGCUGACAUGAUUUGGUCUCUGCUCCAGAUGAGGCACUUGGACAGACUUCGCGAACUUCUUCGCGAAGCCCGGGUCUUGGCUCAAACCGAAGAAGGGCACGACAAGCUUUGCCGCGAGGAGUUGCGCAAUAUCUUCCUGCGCCACUGCGUCGUCCUUCACACGCCAGCUCUUGGGGACGCGAAAGCCACCACAACUUGCAGCUGUUUUUUUGCCAGAAGACGCGCCCAUUGUCCGCACAGUUACGCAGUGCAGCAGAAGCUAGAACUGCACAGUUGGAUACAGCCAGUGUUACCGGCCCACAGGGACGUGCCACGUCGAUGGGCAUCAUCAGCUGCGUCAGACGGAUCGUCUGUAGCCACGCGGCCUGAGGGCAGGAGGCGAAAGCGCAAGAAGCAGAGACCGCAGUAUCGGCCCAUGCCAGUGCCAGUUGAUCCUGUAGCUGCACCCCUUCCUGCUGUUGAAAACAACCCGAGGGGUGGGGGCCGGGUUUUGCCACCGCAGCGGGCGGCAAGAUCCGUUUUCAAUCGCUCGUGA